GUCUCUCUCUUGUGCCCUUCCCACGCCCGUCCCCGGGGCAGUGGCCCUGCGGGGAGCAGAGCGGGAGGGGCCGGGCCGGGGGCUCUGCGGGGCUGGGAAGGCGCAGCCCCUGCGGGACCCGUUUUAGUAUGGGGAAUAUUCUGCCCGCUCCUUCGGGGUUGUCAAAUGCUGCUGCUGUGAAUCAGAUACAGGAUAUUAUCUCAGACAACUGCGUGGUGAUUUUCUCUAAGACAACUUGUGGCUACUGCAAAAUGGCAAAAACACUUUUUGAGAGUAUGAAUGUGAAUUACACAGCUAUAGAACUGGACAUGAAUACAAAUGGAAGUCAGUUCCAAGACAUUCUGGAGCAGAUGACUGGGGGCAGAACAGUUCCAAGAGUGUUUGUCAAUGGGACUUUUAUUGGAGGUGCUACAGAUACUCAAAGGCUCCAUGAUGAGGGCAAACUGCUUCCUUUAGUUCAUCAAUGUCAAGUGAAAAGAAAACCCUUAACAGCCACCUAGCUUACCUUCCUUUAUAUCAAAGCACUUCAGCUGAGUUAAAAGAUCCUAAAGAUACACUGCAUCAGCUGGACUCAACUUCAGCCAGAGAUUUCUGAUUCAUAGGUCAUUUUCUGACACAGACUUUCUAAACUUGGCAAGUACUUGGUGUCCUUCCCUCAGCUUCACCACCAUCAAAAUACUGAUAAAAUCAAAAUACUGAUAAAACACUUGAGACAGUGAUGUCAUUUUGUUACAUGCUGAUAACUGUACUUUAGAGAAAUACAGACUGUACAAGAAAAUCCUGUAAUUUAUUUUUUUUUCUGCAAAUCAGUUUGCUUUUUAGCUUUGUUCCAAUAAAUGCUGGGUUUAAUUUCAUGGUUUCUUUAAAUGUAAUGCUUCUCUGAAUGCCAAAUUGUAAUAAAGAACAAAGUACAAAGCAAAACAAAUUUGUAGUGAUGCUGCUGUAACACAUCUGCCUCUCUGACAUUGUAGUGUCUGAUCAUGUAUGUGAUCAUUUUGUCAUCAAUUUUAUGUCCAAUUGCUACAGAAAAGGGAAAAAAGAAUCUUGCAUCUGUAGAGGGGCAGGGAAUUCUGUUCAUCUUGUCUCUGCACUAUGAAGUCUCAGCCUCUGCAGGGUCAUCCACUGUCCCUAAACCCUGCAGCUACAAGCAACAUUCUGAUCCAUCCAACACAAUUAUGAAACUUCAGACCAAGGAAAAUGGGUCUAAUGCAUAGAGUUUAUUUAGUACUUCAAAUCUAUAGUCAUAAUGCAGUUUACUAGCAAUUUUAACUUGCAGUUAAAAGUCUAAAAGAAACAUCUAAAGUUCUGUAGCUUCAGUACAAUGUACAUCCAAAGCCAGACCUGGCAAUGUCAAGACUAUUUUGUUUUUUUUUUCAAGAAACUCCAUAUGCAAGUAGAAAAUUCCAUCCCAGUCGUUGUUAAAAGGGACCAUUACACAACUAAAGAUGCACAGUUUACAAUAAAAACAUAAGUCAAAAGAAUUUUUAUUCCCUUUCUCUGAAUAAGACUCCUGUUAUUACCAUUGCUUUCAGCACUGCAGACACCUAAACUAUUUUUUUAUAUUAAUCUUAACUCCAAAUAACUUGGAUUGUAAGAGUAUCAUUUGAAUCCCAGAGCUAUUCAUUUUUGUGAUGCAGGUCUGAAAGAAGUUUAAAUCACAUUAUUUGCAGAAAUCUUCAGUAAAGUUGCCUGCACUGUGCAUCUUUAAUACGUGUAGUGAGCUAAUUAAACACACUGACCUCAUCAUAUUUUUAUUACUGUGGUUUACUGUAUUUUGCUAGUUUCAUCACUGCCUUAUUAGUAUUUUUUUUUACAAGGACAUGCCCAUGAAGAGAAAAACAAAUGUGCAUCUUUUCCUGUAUUUAUACUUAAUAAAGCAAUUCAUUUUGCUCAUACAGUGGUAACCAAGUAUUCUUUUUCUCUGUGUACAAUUCUUAGGCUAGUUAUGUUUUCUCAGAAUAUUAACAAUAAUUUUGCACCUGAAAGCUGGUAAACCCAUCAUGUAAAAAUAACAAUAAGAGUAUGCAAAGGUAUUUUUCAAAGAACUUUUCAUUUUCUUACCUGUUUUUAAAAAAGUCCCAAAAGAGUAGUCUAAAAUAACCCUUUGAGUUCUAAGCUGGAGAAAUCCCAGGGCAGUGUCACUUAAGGCAAUAUUCUGUUCCAACAGUUGAGAAAACAUGCUGCAUGCCUACAGAUUCAAGUGAGUGCCCAUUUCCUAAAGAAGGUAUGUCUUAAGGCACUCAAAGGGUUGUUUCUUUUUAACCAUAUUAAGGCUCCCCAUCCAAAUAGCUUCUCAUUAAUUUUGUAUCAUUUCACAGAAAGUAGCAGCAAGACAGUGCCUUCAUUACUGGAUGGCACAAAAGCCAUGUUAUUAUGAUAUGGAUGAUAAAGUGUGGUUCUACUCUUAGACAAAAAAAAAAAAAUAGGAAGGGUUAAAAAACAGUAAUUAAAAAAAUUCUGUAUUUUUUGCCUAGCAUUGUCUCCAGGACAGAGCUGUUCCUCUUAAAGUGAUGCUUGCCCUGGUACCUGAAUUUUAAAAAUUUACCACUAAAAGAUCCUGUACCUGUACUGAAGUCACAUCCAGCUUGAGUAAUAUGCUUCCUAAGAAGUGUAAGAAGCUGGAAACAAGCAAGAAAUUUAACUGAGCAGACAGAAUGCAUCCAUCUGUUGCUUCUUUAUACAGAAUUUUUUUUAAAGAGUAGAACUGCACUUUUUAAUAGGACAAUGUAAUAGAAAAGACAUUUUAUUUGCAACUAGUUGUGCUUAACUCUAAGAAGCUGUCAGGAACAUCAGGUAAACAAGUUUAUAUUCAUUAUUUGUCAAUGAAGCAUUUCUAAAAAUUCUCAACAUACCACAUAGAUAUAUGCAAAUACAUGUAUUUAAACUCAAAUUCAGAUUGGAGAAAUACUUAAACCACACUUGACAGUAUCAAAAUUAUAAUCCAAAUGUAAGCACACAUAAUAAAGACACCAUACCUCCUGCUGAAAUUAGCUCAUCUUAGCUCUACCUAAUUAAUUGUCCUAAUGUUUUACCUUUUCCCCCAUAACUCUUACUCAGCAAUGUUGUACAAUCUGCUGUAUCACAGCAAGACAAUAUCUUUACCACUCCAUUCCAGCAAUCAAGUCGUGCUUACAGCCUAUUUGUCCACUGUGAGUAACUGCAAAUGGCCAAAUAUACCUGUAAAUGCUUACAAAGAGGUUAAAAGUACAAGCAAAGACAAAUGAUUCUUUGCUUAGGUUUACUUCUACAUCCUAUUUUUUGAAGAUUUUCUCUAAUGAAUACUACAAAGAAGCUGCUUGUUUAUUUAUACAGAAUAUUAAUUUAAAUGCUUCCCUAAUUCUGCAUGUAAGAGCAGCUUAAUAAUACAUAACAGAAUGGAAAGCUCCAGCCCACUGAUCUAAUUCUAGAAAGAAGCUUUACAUUGGAAAAACCAGUUUUAAGCAGUUAUUUUAUAAAAGUAAAGCCAUUCUCAGGCAGAUGUUUGAUUUUUGUAAAUACACAAAGUAUACUUCUGUCACUGAUCUUUACACAAAGUUUUACCACAAAACCUGAUAUUGCAAGUGAAGUGUUUUAUAAGAGAAAAAUAUAAUCAGAGAAAGCAAAAAAUUACCUGUUUUUUAAAGAUAAGGAUAAAUAGUAUCACAUCACUUCUGAUAUGUUAUCUAGCUAAGCUAUCAUGUGUAAUGACAGCAAGAAGGCAGAACAGAGACAAAAACAAAAAAAGGAAUGGAUGAGAGCUUCUAUGUGGAAGAGAUCCAAGUAUAGGCCUGAGGGGCCAAGGACAUGGGAAUGGAGAAAAAAGCCAGUAUUAACAGAAAAAAGGAAGGGUGAAGUAAAAAGGUAAUAAAAGAAACAAAAUAAAUGGAAGCAAUACCAAUGCAGCUGGUGCAGUAGCUAUGAGUUAGGUUUGUCAUGAAGCAGCACAGCAUUUCCCAAUGGAGACAAAUAUUUUUCCCUGGUAUUUUUAUAGACAGAGCCAUUAUUAAAUUCAAUUUCUAAUACUGCUGGGGUGUUUUUUAAGCCAAGAAUACUUUGUUUAAUAGCCUUUCACAGCCUAUGGGCCCCAAUCAAACAGCAAAGAACCACACAGCCUCCCUAAUAUUUUACAUUCAUAGCAAAGAGAUGUAACAGUGUUUAGAAAUCUUAAGUGCCCUCUGCCCCCUCCAUAUUCUUGAUUGUGUCCAUCCCAUGAAGAAACCUGAGCUUUGGUUCUCACUCACUCCAACCCUUCAUUACAGAAUGUUUCACCUCUGCUCUGCUUCCAACCGUUCUAUUAUCCUUUUUUUCUUCCUUAAUGCUCAAGUGCCUGAGCAUCAUAGUCUUGGACACAGCAGUCUAAUACUUCAGCAUUGUCAAGUGGGUCACAGUGAAAUGGCAGCCAAACUGAAAGCCUACUAAUCCUGUUAGCUAUCAGGAAAACUGCAUUCACCCAAUGCACUCUGCAUUCACACUUCUUUUAAAAUGAAAGUUUUGAGUCCAAUUAAUUAUCUUUAAACUUGCCUCUGUUCAACUUUUACACAAUUACAGCCCCAUUUUUGCUGUUUGUCAAAGUGUUCCUCCAAUGCAAACCUGAGAGCACCAGUGCCCUCUCUUUGAUGCCAGGGUGUGUUAUUUAUUGCACACUGAACUAAGGCUUCCACUUGGCAACUUUGUCUAAGCUCACUUUUU